ACCUCUGCUGACUCUCCAAUUGAGAGAAGCCAAUACAGAGAGGAGCACUAUAGACAGCCUCCUUAGGAAAUAAACUAAACAAACACAUAAUUCCAUGUAAUAUGUAGGAUAUACAACGCAUUUACUUAUUUUUUCUAUUCUCCUGGAGAAUUUUACGCACCGCUAAAGGCUCCUGUGAGGAAAACGCCGCAGAGAUGAGUGUUGCGCGUUCUGGCGUGCUUCUGAAACAUCCGCGCUCCUGAUAAAGGGACCAAAGAGGACAAACGAGGCUUUUUUCUCCCUAAGAUCGCAAAGGUGGAGCGAUUAGAGAAGGGCUGAUGAAGGGACUAUUAAUCCUUUCAGUGCAUCAAAAGCACCAACGAGGAUUAGAAACGUUUGGAUGGAAAUCGGAACUGUUUUUGGUUUUAUAUGAAACUGGUGAUUAAUUAUUGUAAGUUUUCCCCUCACUAAACACAUUUCUAAGGUGUUUUGCCUUGUGGAAGGUUGUAGGAAAACGUGAAUUGGCAAGAAAGAAAAACAAAAAAAGCAACUCUUCGCCUUUUUUUUUUUCUUCAAGUAAUUUCUUAAUCUAAAUGGAAUUAGUUGAGUCUGAAGUCGGUUGUGAAAGAAACAGACAUGGUACAUGGGCACAGCUUCAUUCACGUUGUGGCAAGUCUACUCAUGCUUGGCUUUUCUGGGGCAACAAAAAAGGAUAUGGCUACAGUGAAAAACAAUUCAGGAGUGAAACCUGCAGGUCAGUGUGGAGCAUGGGUAAAAGACGCAGACGGAGGGCUCUUCACCUCACCCAAUUAUCCAAAUAAAUACCCCCCAAACACAGAGUGUGUGUAUAUCCUUGAAGCUCCCCCAAGACAGUGCAUUGAUCUACACUUUGAGGACAGUUAUUCAAUCGAGUCCUCCUGGGAAUGUAAAUUUGACAACAUUGAGGUUCGCGAUGGACCAUUUGGCUUUUCCCCAAUGCUUGGGAGGUACUGUGGUCAGCACAGCCCUCCCGAUAUUAGGAGUAGCGGCCGAUACCUGUGGAUAAAAUUUGUAACCGAUGGAGAACUGGAAGGGGUGGGAUUUUCAGCAAGUUACAACUUCACAGCAG